AUGAUUAGGAAGGGUGUUGAGCUAUUUUAUUUUAAGAAUGCUCGAUGGAGCCCUCCUUCGAAAUAUAACAUAAAGUGUAGUAGAAGGUUAUAUCAUAAACAUAUGAUUAACAAAGAGAAAAUAAUAAGAAAAGGAUUCUCAUAUGAAUAUAUAAAUGAUGAUGAAAAUUUUUUGUUUAAUAAAUAUAAUUGUGUAAAUUCUUUGGUUAAUUAUUACUAUGUUAAUAAAAAAUUUGAAGAAAUAAAUUUAUUAAUUAUCAAUAAACAAGAUGAUGGUAAAUAUAUGGAUGACAUUAUUAAUAUAUUGUAUGUUCUUUGUGUGAAGGGUAAUAUUAGUAUACUCGACAGAAGAAUAAAAUAUUAUGUUUCUUAUAUAUUAACAUAUGUGAAUGAAUAUAUGAGAGAAUUGUCUGAUCAUAAAAAUAAAAAGGUAAGCAAGAAUCAACAUAAUGAUAUACACAAUAAUAUACAUAAAGAUAUUACUACUGAUGAGUGUGGUUAUAUACAUAAAGAUAUUCCUACUGAUGAGUGUGGUUAUAUACAUAAAGAUAUUACUACUGAUGAGUGUGGUUAUAUACAUAAAAAUAUUACUACUGAUGAGUGUAAUAAAAAAAAGAAUGGUUGUGUGCAGAUGUACGCGGAUGAUAAUUAUUACAAUAGUCAUAAUAUAUAUAAUAAUGUUAAUAUAAAAGUAGAGAAUACGAUUAUUAAUAAUAAGAAAAAGUUUAUUAGUAUUAAGAGUUAUUUAUUAUUUCUUAAUAUUUUAAAAGUAUUAGAUAUGAAAAAUGAUUUUAAUAUAUUGUUAAAAUAUGUAAGUGAAAAUAUUCAUUUUUUUUCCAUAGAUAUUAUUCACAGAAUAGCCUUUAAUUAUGAUAUAAAAAAUAUGAAUAAUAUAAAUAAUAAUAAUCAUGAAAUAUUUUUUAAAGAAAUAUUAGACUAUAUAUAUACGUUAAUAGAUUACAACCCUUCUCUAUAUUUUAACCAAAUGAAAAGUAUUAAUUUAUGUAUUAAUAUAUGUACCAACUAUUUUUUUGAGAAACGAUAUAUAACAGAACAAAAAAAAAAAAAUGAUAAUGAAGAUAUUAUAUAUAUGUAUAAUUUAAAUUAUAUAUAUAUAAAUCAUAUUAUAACCUUUAAUAAUUUAUUACAUGAAUAUAAUACAACAAAAAAUAAUAUAGAAGAUUAUAAAUCAGAAAAAGAAUAUAAUAAUAAUACGAAAAAAAAAACUUUAUGUCUUUUUAAGAAAAGUAAAAAAAUUAUAACAAAUGUAUCAGAUAUUUUACAAAAAGGUGAUGUAUCAAAAAGUAUUAUUCAAUCUAAAUCACAAGAUAGAAAAGAAUAUAUAAAUUUAGAGGACAAUUUAAAUAUUAUAAAUGAAAAAUUGAAACAUAUUAAUGACUUUUAUUUUAAUUAUUAUAUGAUUGAUACUAUAUAUAUUUUAUAUAAUUAUUAUACAAAUUUAUUAAGGGAAACGAAGAAAAAAAAAAAAAAAAAAAAAUUAAUAAUGAAACAGAACUAUGAACAAAAGGAAGAACAUUUCCUUUUGUAUAUACCAGACAUAAAAAAUAGUAUUACGAAUAUAUUGUUACAUUUUAUUAAUAUUAUACAUAUCAACCUAAAUACGAAUCAACAAAAAAUUAAAAAUAAGAAAAUUAUACAAGCAUUAGAAAGAAUUUUAAAGUUAAGUUAUGAAUUUAAAGAUAAGUCAUUUAAUUAUGAAUCCUUUAUAUUAAAUUAUUGCAACAUGUUAUUAGUUAGUAAACUUGAUCUUUCUUUAGUUGAUAAUAUAAAAAUAUUAACAAUUUUUAAACAUAUAAGAAAAUCACACAGGGAAGGAAAUCAACACAAUGUACAGACACAAAGAAAACAAAGAAUAGAUAAGUCAUUAAAUACAUGUCAACAAAAAGAGAAAAAAAAAUUAAACGACAAUAAAUUAAUGUAUGCUACAGAACAUUGUGGAAAGAAGAAUGAAAUAUAUGAUAUAGAAGAUAAUAAAUAUAUUGAACAAACCAGUUUACAUAUUAAUCAAUCAAAUAUUUCUCAUAUAAGAGAAAAUAAUUUGGAAUCAUAUGAUAUAAACAAACAUUUGGAUAAUAUGAUAAAAUUAGUUUGUUGUAAUUUAAAAACUUGUGUACAUAAUUCAUGUGGUAAUAACAUUUGUAUGUUAAUUCCUCUAAUUUAUGAAUUUCAUACAUAUAUGGAUUGUGAACUGAAAAAUAUAUUAAUCGUUCAAAUUACAUGUAAUAAACAUAAUAUAAAUGAAAAUAAUUUAAUAAAUAUACUAAGAGUCUUUUGUAAAAUAAAAUAUAGAAAUGAUAUGUUGGAUCAAUUUUUUUAUAACCAAAAGAAAUUUAAUUUUUAUGAUAACUAUUUGCCUAGUCACAAACAAGGAUAUAAGAAAAAUUUAUAUAUCUUUUCUUGUCCAAAGAAUUUCUUUUUAUUCUUUUAUUAUAAAAGUAAAAAUAAUCUAUUCAAUUAUAAAGAUAUGUAUUAUAUUGAAAAUUAUGUACAAAAUAAUUUCUUAGAAAUGAAUAUAAAAGAUUUCCUUCUACUACUAUUAAUUUAUUAUAAAAAUAAAGUUUUUUUAUUACCACAAUUGUUAAUUAAAAUUCUUUCUAUUGUUAAUAAUGGAAAAAAACUUAUAACUGAAAAAAAAAAAUUAUUAUUCUUCUUAUACUUAUUUUCAAAAAAUUAUUAUCAUCUGUCAAACGAUAAUAGUGAAUGGAUAGAUAAUCAAAAUGAUCAAAAUACACAUUUAAUCAGAAAAAUUAACGUAUUUAGAAAAAGUCAAUAUAUUCAAGAACAUAUCAACCAUUUUAUCAACCUAAUUAAUGAUUUAUUUUAUUUUAUUUAUAAUGAAAAUACAAUUAAUUAUCCACCUGAACAAGUCAGGCUUCUUUUACAAGAAAAAAAAAAAAAUAAAAUAAAUAAAAUAAUAAUAAUAAAUAAAAAAAACAGCGAAAAUGGUGAACUAGCCAAAACAAUGAAAGAUGAGACAAAUAAGGACAAUAUGAGUUAUGAAAUAUAUGAACAAAGUGAAUCUAAUAGUGAAUUAAAUCAAAUAAGUAAUCAUAUGGAUUAUUCUAUUGAUGAAUAUAAAAUAAAUUUUACCAUAUUAAAAACAAAUUUGAUAAUGAUGAAAAUAUUAUAUAAUAUAUAUUAUGCUUAUUUUUCUUCAUCAUUUGAGAAAGGAAAAAGAGAAGGAAAAAAUAUUCUGAACAGUCAUCACGAAAAAUUAUUGAAUCAUUUGUAUAUAUGUUUUAAUGAAAAUUAUUCAAAAAAUGUUGAAGAAAUUAAAGACGUAGCACCUUUGUUAUAUUAUUUUACAUAUUUUAAUUUAUAUUCAUCUUUUUAUUUCGAAAAACAAAUGUCAUAUAUAAUGAUGAAUAAUAUAAUAGAUGAGCGAUUAAUUAAAUAUGUGAUGCUUAGUCACGUGUGUGUAAAAAAAAUUAUUCCGCACGAAAUUAAAAGUAUUAUAAAAAAAUAUGUGUUAGAAAAUUUUGCACAUUUUAGUGGUUCUUUUAAAAUUUUAUGUUUUAGAUUAAGUCAUCACUUUUUAGAUGUACCGAAUGGUGUAGCAUUGGAGGGGAAAAAGAAUAAUGUGGGGACAGAAAAAAAUGUGGACAUAUCAAUAUUUAAUGAACUCUUAAAUGAUUUGUUGAUAAAUUUAGAUCAUAUGAAACCAAAUCAUUAUUUAGUUAUAUAUUCUACCAUUUCCAAGAAUAUGAUAAAAAAUAAAAAAUAUUAUAUCGAAUUAUUUUAUCAUAUGAAUAAGAUAGCCACAUCUUACAAUAAUGAACAGUUAUUUUCGAUACUUUACUACAUGUAUAAAACAGGAUAUAGUAAACCAAAAAUAAGGAAAAAAAUAAGAAACCUUAUUUUGUUUCGUCAUAAAAAGAGGUUAAUACAUUUAAGUAUGUAUAUUAAAUAUAUCUUACCUCUUGAUGAAUUUGGUAUAUAUCAUUUAUUACCAAUUAAAUGUCAGAAUAUUAUAUAUGACAAGCUAACGGUCGAUGUAAAAUCUUUGAUACGACCACCUUUGCAACACAUGGAGACGCAGAUUAAUGAGGUCAAAAAUAUAAAAGUAAAAAAUAAGAAGAAAAAGGGUGAAACCUUGGAAGAAUCGUCCAAAGGAAAUGAACAGAACGAUGCUCCUAUAUAUAUCUUUGAACAGAUGGUCAAAAAUUAUUAA